CUAUUAUCAAGAUUAUGGAGGGGUUGUCGAUCCCCCACUAGUCCAUCGCCUAUCUACGAUCUAAAUCAGUGACGUCUGUCAGAGGGUUGAACAUACCUAGUAUGUACAAUGAUAUGAUAACCAAGUCCGAAUCGGAACUUGUGUGGAUAUCUAAAUCAAUUUCGGAUUUCUUAGUAUCUAUCAUCUCAUAUCGUCUCAUCUCAUCCCACCUAAGUUCAUCUUAUUGUAGCUACUUCAUAUUGUUGUAAAUCGGAACAAUGUCUGUCGAAGUCCUUACUACUAUUUCGCCUACCACGAACGAGCCGAUAUUGACUCGGAAUGGCAUCACAACUUCUGAGUUGGAAGAGCUUCCUAAGAUCGCUGCCGAAAAAUUCAAGAGCUGGAGUAAGACUUCGUUGACAGAUCGACAGAUCAUAGUCAACAAGGCAUUGAAACUACUCGAGGAGAAGAAGGAUGAAUUGGCUGAAGAGGUUACCGUCCAGAUGGGACGGCCAAUUUCUUAUACGGCCGGUGAAAUCAUGACCGCUAUCAAACGUGCUAAUUAUCUCGUCAAGAUUAGUGAAGACACUUUGAAAGAUACGGAAGGGGAGCCGGAGAAAGGAUUCAAGCGAUUCAUUCGAAAAGUCCCUGUUGGCCCAGUUCUCGUCAUCUUCGCAUGGAACUACCCUUACCUUAUUCUAGUCAACUCGCUUAUACCCGCGUUGCUUGCUGGAAAUACCGUGAUCCUCAAGCCUUCGCCUCAGACUCCUACGAUAGCGGAGCAGGUUUCCAAGAUUUUUGCGGAGGCCGGAUUACCUGCUGGUGUCUUGCAGUAUUUCCACUGUGGAUCGCCCCUAAUUAUGGAGUCCGUCGUGCGAAAUCCAGCAAUUUCCCUCAUCUGCUUCACCGGUUCGGUGGCGGGAGGUUUAGCAGUCCAGAAAGCGGCUGCCGACAGGAUUGUCAACGUCGGCCUAGAACUUGGUGGCAAAGAUCCCGCGUACGUUAGGGGAGACGUCGACCUUGAUUGGGCGGCGGCCGAGAUAGUCGAUGGGUCAAUUUUCAAUUCGGGGCAAAGCUGCUGUGCUAUCGAACGUGUUUACGUUGAUGAGAAAAUUUAUGAUCCCUUUGUUGAGGCGGUCCAGAAAGUCUUGAAGGACUACAAGGUUGGUGACCCACUAGACAAGGCGACCCAGAUCGGACCAGUCAUUUCGAAGCGAUCUAAGGAAACCAUCGAGUCGCACAUCAAGGAUGCAUUGAGCAAGGGUGCGAAAGACUUGACACCAGAGAAUCCGACGUUCGACGUUCUCCCGGCAAAGGGCAAUUUCGUCAAGCCUACCCUCCUCGCUAACGUCAACCACAGCAUGACAGUCAUGACAGAGGAGACAUUCGGGCCGGUCGUUUCUAUCAUGAAGGUUAAGAGUGACGAGGAGGCUGUAAAGCUAAUGAACGACAGCGAGUUUGGUCUCACAGCUAGUAUAUGGACUAAAGACACGGAUAAGGGUUUCGAGUUAGCAGACCAAGUCGAAGCAGGAACUGUCUUUGUCAAUCGCGCGGAUUACCCGAGUCCGGAUCUGGCCUGGACGGGAUGGAAGAACUCGGGCAAGGGCGUUACCCUAAGCAGAUUUGGCUAUGACCAAUUCGUGAAGCUGAAGAGCUACCACCUCAAGGAUUACCCGAAGUAGGCUGUCGCGCGAACCAAUAAUGACGAAGGGGGCAAUGUUCUGGAAUGAACAUGGCCCUUUAUUCCAUUUAAUCCCCUGGCGGGAAGAUCCCUUUUUUUGGGAUUUUGGUAAUAUGUGUUCUUGUUUCAUGCAUGUGCGGAACGACGACGACGAUAUUAUGCAAGCUGAAGAUUGUGUCUCAAAAGUGGGCGUUUCGAAACACUCUUGGACCAAUUCCAUUCCUACGAAUGAGAUGAUAUUAUGCUGUAUUAUUUCUUGAGAAGGCCUGAGCAGGUUAAUAAGUUACAUAUUAGACCCCUUGUUCUGCAGAGACAAAUUGCCACAUUCCGGAGUUGCCAACUUUUUUUAAUUCUUUUUUCUUACCACCUACCCACUAGGUAGUAUGCUAUUUUAAUUUGGAGUGACGAUACUAUCUUAUUUCUUGUGUUGUGUGUUAGUUGGCAAUGACUUAGUGGUUCUACGUGUACGUGUAUGUAUGUAUUUGAGUGUAUUUGAGUAUUUGAAAUAUGCAUUUUCCAUUCUUGAC